CAACUGAAUUGUUUCAAAUUAAGAUUUUCACUUGAUUGUAAUUAAAUUAAUUAACUUGUUUUAAGUUUAAUUUUAAUUAAAUUUAUUUGAUUACUUUAAUUUCAUUGAUUGUGGUCGUAAAUAGUUAUCAGGUCUUGUUACCUUUUAUGUUUCUUAAAAUUUGUGGGGUGAAAUGAAAAAACAAGUUACCAUUAGAAUCGUUGAAAUUUGCUGAGAGUUAAUUUGUUUGUUUUAACCAAUAGAUUUUCAAAUUAAUUGGUGAUAAAUAGGCUGUGGUAAUCUUAUUGGUAUUACCAGGUGACCAUCUGUUCAAUAUUGAUAAUAUCAUUUUCCUAUUUGUGGUAAUCACUGUUUAUGUAUUUACCUGAUUGUUAUCACUUAAACUGGACAUUAGCUAACAUUUACUCUGUAUUUAGCUGUUAUUAAAUUGCCAUCACCAACAAUAAUCAACUUAGAGUCAAGAAUUAUGGGAAAAUCAACUAAAGACAAACGUGAUAUUUUUUACCGACUAGCAAAAGAAGAGGGAUAUCGAGCUCGAAGUGCAUAUAAAUUGAUCCAUAUUGACGAAAAAUUUAACAUCUUCAACGGAGUUACCAAAGCAGUUGAUCUCUGUGCAGCCCCUGGAAGUUGGAGUCAAGUUUUAGCUAAAAAAUUAAGAGAAAAUGGUGAAGAAAAUGCAAAAACAAUAAGUGUAGAUAUCCAAGCAAUGGCACCAAUACCUGGAACAAUUCAAAUUCAAGGUGAUAUUACAAAUUUGGACACUGCAAAGGAAAUAAUUAGUCACUUUGAAGGUGACAAAGCUGAUCUGGUUGUUUGUGACGGAGCUCCUGAUGUCACUGGUCUUCACGAUCUUGAUGAAUAUAUUCAAGCUCAAUUGUUACUUUCGGCCUUGAACAUAACCACUUACAUAUUAAAAUUUGGAGGGACAUUUGUUGCCAAGAUUUUUCGAGGUCGUGAUGUCUCCUUACUAUUUUCCCAAUUGAAAAUCUUUUUCCAACAAGUAAUCGUGGCCAAACCUCGAAGUAGUCGAAACUCAUCAAUCGAGGCUUUCGUUGUAUGCACAACCUCAACCCCUGAGGGCUACGAACCAACAAUGUUCAAUUUACUAAUGGACAAACAAGCCAAAUCAUAUUUUGAUAAUAUAACUAAUCCAGUUAACUUGACCAUUGUCCCUUUUGUUGCCUGUGGAGAUUUGUCUGGUUUCGAUGCUGAUAGAAGUUAUCCUUUAGAUACUCCAACCGGAUUAUCUUCUGGCUACAAGUACAAUGAACCAACUCAGAAACCGAUUGACCCUCCAUAUCAAAAGGCUUGUCAAUUAAAGAGAUCAGAUGAAUUAGCUAAACAAGAAAAUGAGUAAUCAAAUUGAUGAAAUUGGAAAACCUCAUUUAAACAACAACAAGAACAACAACAAUUAAACGAAAUAAAGUAAAAAACUUAUUUGAACAAAUAAACCAUCAUCAAAGGACUAAUAAUCGCCGACAAUUAAAGUUAUCUAAACGAAAUCCGAAAUGACCUGAAUGGAUUGAUCAAAAAAAAAAGAAAUAAAAUCUCUAAAUUCAUGAUGAAAGAAAAA